AUGUGUAGGCGUGGAAGGGCAAAUGUGGGCGAUCUAAUUUUUCGCGAAUUCGACAAGCAACAAAAGCAACGUAUUCACAGCGAAUCUUCACAAUUACUUGCAAAGCAUCGGGACACAGGGUCAGUUGAUAACUGCACAUCCUUACAAACCUGCCAGCUUCAGAGUCUUUUUGGGCAUACUUUUCCGAUUUUACAACCGAUCACUACUUCUGGCCAGGAUCACUGUGGUAGUUACCAAUGCGUCGAGCACUCAUCUGAUGCAGCCAGCCAUGAAGUUAACCAUCUCCAUUUCCCCAUAUGUUCACAGGCAAACAGAUCUACGACACGACGACCACACGGACAUAGCCAAGUUUUGGGCAAUUUGGAUAACCUUUUUUCUUCGACGCCUACUGAGGCUAUUUUUGCACCCACUGGAGAAAAAAUCAAAUCGCCAACUUUAAGAAUGUCGGUUCCUGUAUCUAAUACUUCCUUUGCAUUCGCUCGUGAUGCUGGCUACUCCAGUUUACCACUUCAGUUUCCUUCGCCACCUAGUGACCAUGAGCAGCUGCCAAUCCAGCAUCACGACUUCCAACAACGUCAGCCCAUGCAAGACUCUUGUCAGUUAUUGGCACAUGCAUCUCCAAGCUUGUCACUUGUGCAAAUUGGAUGCGGUGAGACAGAACACACUUCGGAAUGGUCUGAUGGCAGUUUGGUUGGUUCCAUCGGAGGUUGUGGGGGUUGGCCUUGGAACUGUGAUUGUAGAUUUGUGCGAAUAGAUCCUGGGCGCACCGCCCUGCGACCCGAAAUAAUCAUUGCUGAGCUUACGUUCUUCAUGUAA